AUGGAAAAAUUAAAUUUUUUAAUUGAAGAUUCUUAUGAAAAUAAAGUUGAACUACUUAAUAUUUAUAAUUAUGAUGAUCAUGUAUUUAAAGCAUUUGAAAGAUUAGAAAAUAUUAGUGAAGAAAAUUAUUUAAAUAAUUUUAAAAAUAUUCAUGAUAUUGUUAUAAAAAGAUUUGGAAAUUUAAAAGAUGCAGAAUAUCAAAUGAUGAUAGAUUUAUUAAAUAAUUCUAUUUCACUUACUUUAGAUAUAUAUGCAGUACUUUUUAGAACAAAAAUUAUUGAUGCUAAAAGAAAUAAUAAUUCUUUUGAAAAUUUUUUUAUUAAUUUGAGAAAUCCAGUUAAAUCUCAAAUUAAAGAAUUAAAAUCUUUAGAAAAAAAGUUUUCAUUAUUUUUAUUUUUAAUAUUUGAUAAGAUUUAUCAAAAUAUAGAAAAUACAAAACAAAUUAAUAAUAAUAAUUUAAAUAAAAGAUUAUCUACAUCAUUAGAAGAAAAUGAAACUCCUUUAUUUGAAAAUGAAAAUAAGAAUGAUGAAGAAAAUGAUGAUAAUGAAAAUAUUGAAAAUAUAUUAGAAAAAACAGAAUGUGAUGUAGAAAAUCAAUAUAAUAUAAUAUAUCAACAAUGGUUAAAUUAUAAUUAG